UGACUUUUCUCCUAGGGCUUUUCACAUCGGCCAAAGAGAAGUGACAAAGCAGAAUACCAUAAGAACGAAACAGAAAAAAUCGGCAGACGGAGGACUCAUCUACCGGUGAUAAUAUUCAUUAUUUCGAGCUCGAAGCUGAAUCUCUUGUUAACUAAUCACGACAGGAAGAGAAGUUGUGGUAGAGAACGAUUGUUUCUUCAGCAUCAACUCAGCAAUUUAAGAACAAUGUCGGACGGUCAAGAAACUGAUAAGAACAUUGAGAUAUGGAAAAUCAAAAAGCUAAUCAAGGCACUGGAAGCUGCUCGAGGCAAUGGUACUAGCAUGAUUUCACUUAUCAUGCCUCCACGUGAUCAAGUGUCUCGCGUCACUAAGAUGCUUGGAGAUGAAUUUGGAACUGCAUCCAAUAUCAAGAGCAGAGUAAAUCGCCAAUCUGUUCUUGGUGCAAUCACUUCUGCUCAACAGAGGCUGAAACUGUACAACAAGGUUCCUCCAAACGGGCUCGUGCUUUACACUGGAACUAUUGUUACAGACGAUGGGAAGGAAAAGAAGGUAACAAUCGACUUUGAGCCUUUCAAGCCUAUUAACGCAUCUCUUUAUCUCUGUGACAACAAGUUCCAUACGGAGGCGCUUAAUGAACUUCUGGAAUCUGAUGACAAGUUCGGCUUUAUCAUAAUGGAUGGUAAUGGUACCCUUUUUGGAACAUUGAGCGGUAAUACUAGGGAGAUUCUUCACAAAUUCACUGUGGAUCUUCCUAAGAAGCAUGGAAGAGGAGGGCAAUCUGCUUUGAGGUUUGCUCGUUUGCGAAUGGAGAAGCGUCACAACUAUGUGAGGAAAGCAGCAGAGCUUUCCACCCAAUUUUACAUCAACCCUCAGACAAGCCAGCCUAAUGUGUCUGGACUUAUACUUGCUGGUUCAGCCGAUUUCAAGACUGAACUCAGUCAGUCCGAUAUGUUUGAUCCUCGUCUACAGGCGAAGAUAUUGAAUGUGGUUGAUGUAUCUUAUGGAGGUGAAAACGGCUUCAACCAGGCGAUUGAGCUUUCUGCCGAGGUCUUAUCUAAUGUGAAAUUUAUACAAGAGAAGCGUCUUAUAGGCAAGUAUUUCGAAGAGAUUAGUCAGGACACUGGGAAAUAUGUUUUUGGUGUGGAUGACACGCUGAAGGUUCUUGAAAUGGGUGCAGUCGAGACACUUAUUGUGUGGGAAAAUCUGGACGUUAAUCGAUAUGUGCUGAAGAACACUAUUUCUGGUGAAAUUGUCAUAAAGCACUUGAACAAGGAUCAGGAGAAUGAUCAGAGUAAUUUCAGGGAUCAAGAUACAAACGCUGAAUUGGAGGUUCAGGAGAAGCAAUCACUGCUCGAAUGGUUUGCAGAUGAAUAUAAGCGAUUUGGUUGCACACUUGAGUUUGUGACGAACAAAUCGCAAGAGGGAUCUCAGUUUUGCAGAGGUUUUGGAGGAAUUGGAGGGAUCCUUCGUUAUCAGUUGGAUGUUCGAACUUUUGACGAGCUUUCCGAUGAUGGAGAAGUUUAUGAAGAUUCUGACUAGCAAUCAGUCAACUUCCCCAAAUCCGGUGCAGGGAUAGAGCAGGAGGCCUGCACUGGUGCGCGAGGGCUCGCGCCUGACGACUGCGCUGCUCGUGGCUAUGAUGAUGGGAAAACAAAAUUGAAGGGACAAUCGCUGAGUUACGAGUAAGCGAUAUGGAGGAGAGGUCUGUGAGUAAGGGCAAUAUGAAGAUUGUCUGAAACAUUAAUAUCUUUACUGUUCUAUGUUUUUUAUGGUCUGCUGUGGUUGGGUGCUUUUCGGAGAGAAGGCAGUUACUUGUACAAGUUGCUGUUAUUAUUUUUACUUUUUAAGUUUUAUUAUACAGACACGUAUCUCUACCAUUUAUAUUAUGUUGCAAUAAGCACUGCAUUUGGGAUUAUUGUUGAUGCAGUGGUUUCCCUUUGGAUAUUUUUGUUGGUAUUUUAUUUGGAGGAUUUGAACCUUUUACUAAAUUUUGAUUAGCUGGGCAAUGUUUUAUUAUUAUUUUU